AUGUCGAAUCUAGGAAAACGUAACGCGUCGUCCAAUUUUGUCGAUUUAACAAAAUCGGAUUCGGAGGAUGAGUUGCCACGCGCUCAGCAGCCGCAGCGCAAACAGCCGAGACUUAAUUCUACUGCCGGUCCUUCGGGAACUUCAAGUUCAAGUCAGGCUGUGACUGUUCGUGAUCAAUGGGGCGAGAGAGAUGAAGACGAGAUUGUUGAUUUGAGUCAAGAGGUUGAAGAAGGCUUUGGAUGGGUGUGCCUUGGAAGUAUUGAUGGGAAGAUUGUGGGCGUCAGAUAUUAUGCUGGAUAUGCGUCGCCUGGAGAACAGGUCAUCGUUAGGAGAGAGCCUGGAAAUCCGUAUGAUUCGAACGCGAUUCGAAUUAGUAAUGUUCAGGGUACACAGAUUGGACAUUUGCCGAGGAAUUUGGCGCUCAAGCUGGCGGGGUUUCUGGAUGCGAGAACCAUUGUUCUAGAGGGUAUUCUUGCUGGAGAGAAGGGAGCCUUUGAUUGUCCUGUUUUGCUAAAGAUUUAUGGACCGGCCGAUCCGGUCGUAAGAGCUAAUUUGGAGAAUCAGUUGAAGGCUAAGAGAUUAUCAUUGAGGAAAAAAAAUGUUGCCGCACCACUGCAGCCAAAGGCUCCUAUUCCACCCCCGCAGAGAAAGCAAAUGGGCUACACAUCUUCUCAAGGAGGUAGCUCUAGUCAACCAGAGCCAGUACCUCAACCAGUAAUCGACCUUGCACACUUUGUCGCCAACAGCGAGCGUUUCAACCCAAGAGAAAUCGAUAAGAUGGCCGAAGAACUAGGCAUGCCCGAGGAUGCACUUUCAAAGAUGCCCAUGGCAGAUCAGCCAAAAGCCCUCGAGUCUACAUUGCUCCCAUAUCAACGCCAAGGCUUAGCUUGGAUGCUUGAGAAGGAAAAUCCCGUCUUGCCAAAUGCAAAUUCGGAUAAAGUGGUGCAGCUCUGGAGAGCCUCACAAAAACACCGAGGAGCCUACCAGAACAUCGCAACUAAUUACUGUGCGGAAGCUCCAAAGUUGGCCUCAGGAGGUAUUCUUGCGGAUGACAUGGGUCUCGGAAAGACUUUGCAGGUUAUCUCUCUUAUUCUUGAAGGUGGAACAGGUGCAACCUUGAUCGUUGCGCCCGUCAGUGUUAUGUCAAACUGGGCACAACAAAUGGAAAGCCAUGUCAAGAAAGACAAAUCCUUGAAAGUUUUGACUUACCAUGGCAGCCAAGGCAAGGUCAAGGGAAUGACCUACAACGACUUCGGAGCAUACGAUGUUGUUAUCACUACAUAUGGUACACUCAACGCAGAAUUAUACCCUCGUGGUUCAAAGAACCCCACAAAAGUCCCAGCUGUUUCUGGAUUGUAUUCGAUGAACUGGCGCAGAAUCGUUUUGGAUGAGGGUCAUCUCAUCCGUAACCACAAGACAAAAAGUGCCACGGCAGCAUCGAGUAUCCUUGCAACUUCGAAAUGGGUACUAACAGGAACCCCAAUUGUCAACACUAUCAAGGACUUCUACUCGAUGCUCAAAUUCUUAGGCAUCACUGGUGGCCUUCAAGAGCUUGAGAUCUUCAAUGCCAACUUUACCCGCCCAUUGGCACUAGGAAAUCGCGAUGCAGAAUUGCUUCUGCAAACAACAAUGAGAGCUCUGUGCUUGCGACGUAAGAAGGAUAUGAAGUUCAUCGACCUGAAAUUGCCUGAGCUGUCAGAGUUUGUCCACAAGGUCAAGUUCAGAAAUGAUGAAUUAAAGAUUUAUGAAGCUUUGGUUGAACAAGCCAAAGGUAUGGCUCAACAAUAUCAAAAGGAAUCAGAAUCUCGCAAAAAGAAUACAAUCACAUACAGUCAUAUUCUUGAGAUCCUCCUUCGCAUGCGUCAAGUGUGUAAUCACUGGAAACUCUGCGAGAACAGAGUUACAAGCCUCAUGGAAGCCAUCGAGAAACAUGAUGUGGUCGUUCUAAACGACGAGAAUCGACUCGCCCUGCAAAUGCUCCUUCAACUCAGCAUCGAAAGCCAUGAAGAAUGUUCCAUCUGUCUCGAAGAACUGCAUAACCCCGUCAUCACAACCUGCAAACACGCCUUCGGACAAGAAUGUAUCGAGCGCACCAUUGAUCUCCAACACAAAUGUCCUAUGUGUCGUGCCCAUCUCGCAAACAACGAAUGUCUCGUCCAUCCCGCCGUUGAAAAGGCAGAAGAAAAUGAAGAAAUCAACACAAGUGAACAAUCUUCUAAAACCGAAGCUCUCAUGCAAAUCAUCAAGGUUACACAUAACGACCCUCUCUCCAAAGUCGUCAUCUUUUCCCAAUGGACCUCCUUUCUCAACAUCGUCCAAAAACUACUCGAGCAAUCCGGCUACAAAUUCGCUCGCAACGAUGGUUCCAUGAGCGCCCCACAACGCGAUAAAGGCAUGCAAGCCCUCGAAUCCGACCCCGAAUGUCGCAUUCUCCUCGCGAGUCUGGCGGUUUGCUCCGUGGGCUUGAAUCUCGUUGCGGCCGAUACGGUUAUCCUGGCGGAUUCCUGGUGGGCUCCAGCAAUCGAAGAUCAGGCGGUUGAUCGCGUGCAUAGACUGGGACAAAAGCGCGAAUGUAAGGUUUGGAGAUUGGUGAUGGAGGGAAGUAUUGAGGAGAGGGUGUUGGAGAUUCAGGGGGAGAAGAGAAAGUUGGUGGGGAAGGCGUUUCAGGAGAAGGCGAAGGAGGGCAGGGGAAAGGGGAAGGAAACGAGGUUUGGAGAUGUUUUGAGGUUGUUGGGUUGA